CUUUAGGGGGGGCGCCAAGGUUUGAGGAACCUGGACAACACCCUUCCGUUAUCGUCGAUACUCAUUGUCACGUGUUUCCUAUAGUAAAGCCUGGAGAUUGAUUUUAGUCAAGUUUGAAACUUGAAACUGUAGUGGAAUGAAUUCUGGCUUGUUCAUCGACUUGAACUAGUCUAGGCUUUUCGGAACGUUCAUUUGUCUUCCAAUUAGGAGCCACUUCAUCCCCUUGUGUGUUCUUGAACCGUUUAUUGGUGCUUAUUCCGCCCGAUUAGCCGGCUUUACGGCUGGUACGCCACCUGGGAACACAGCAAUGCAUUGUGCCUCCCCCAUCCAGGGUUUCAUUCAAAGUGUACCAAGCCACAGCUGUCAAUCAGUACCACUGACCAAUCACAAUGGACUGUUGGAACUCACUGCCCAAUCACAAUAGGCGAAUCCGUGUCGUCUUGAGCAGUGUCCCGACGCCGUAAUUACACGAUCAUUCAUUGAUCCACCAUUCAUUAACUUCAGGGAGGGGAGUUUCUUACUGGCAUUAAUCCGAAUUCGAUUUUUUUUUCCACCCACACGGGCACUAUUCAUACCUCGGUCAACAUUUCGUCGUCAAGGUUGUGAUUUUUAGCACAUUCCUUUGCUGUUUUCCUCACUUCGCCUUAAAACUGAAACAGUUAUGCUUCGGGGUGAGUUUGGCUCCAAAUUGCCGCCCGUGGGGCAAGGGGAGAGGUAUACAGUGUCACACCAUGGAUGGACCAAAGAUACUGAACAAGGGAACACCAAUCAUUGUCUUGCACCUACGAGGCCCAACGGUGGGGGGAUCAACAUCCAAAGCCCAUCAAGUCAGGCCGGAAUGCAGUCAGGAAAAUACGGUCAAAUGCUUGAUGACGGCACCAGCAGGGAAACAGAGGGACAGGAUACCCGGAACCAGCAUCCUCUGACAGUCAACACCGAGUGUUGCACGCCGAGGGACGCCGAAGAGCAUAUCACUGCGCCCCACCAGCAAGCUAACCUUUCACGUUACGCAUUUGACAACCACUUCCAUCCCAGCCCGGAGUUAGCGAACUUCUCAACGCCACCAGUGCCAAAUUACCAUCCUUACCAUCACCAGUAUCCUCUGCAUAGUCCUCUUCACCAUUUCCAGCAGCCUCGUGGUGGAUCCAUCUAUCAGCCGGACUCCCUUAACCUUUCAGAAUACCCCGAAGCAGCUCCCUCGAAUCCAUCAAACCCUGGCAGUCACUGCUUCCUCCCUGCGGGGUGCUCCUCUCCAAAAGUCCCAUCAUCCAACUGCUCGUCUCCGGUGGAGUUCGAGGACCUUUCACUGAACUCUAAGACACGCCCUGCAGCCGGACCGAGGGGGCUAGAACUCGCCGGCGUUCCCAGCUUCCCCAUCCCGGGUGCCGAGCAGUGCUUGCAAGAGCCGUCUCCACAGAGCGAGCGUCUCAGCCCGGAGCAACAGGUACCGACCGUGGGCUCGUCACCCCCGUCCGGAUUCACCAAGGCAUCAGUGUUCCUCUGCAACAGUGAGCUAUGGAGAAAGUUUCACGAGCAUCGGACGGAGAUGAUCAUCACCAAACAAGGGCGACGUAUGUUUCCUCAACUGGUCUUCCGUUUGAGCGGCCUGAACCCUACAACCCACUACAACGUGUUCGUUGACAUGGUCCUUGCCGAUCAAAACGCUUGGAAGUUCCAGUGCGGCAAGUGGGUGGCCACGGGGAAGUCGGACGGAGUGCCUCGAGCUACGGGUAUUUAUAAACACCCAGAUUCCCCAAACACUGGUGAACACUGGAUGCGACAAGACAUCGCUUUCUCCAAGCUGAAACUAACCAACAACAGGGGCAAAGACAGUGGAUAUCUUGUGAUUAACUCUAUGCACAUGUAUCAACCUCGGAUCCACGUCUUGGACCUGACAGGAGCCCGGGUGCUUCAGACACACAGCUUCCCUGAGACACAGUUCAUAGGAGUGACAGCCUACCAGAAUACUGACAUCACUCAGCUCAAGAUAGACCACAACCCAUUCGCAAAAGGGUUCCGAGAUAAUUAUGACAGCUUUGCUACCAGAGAGCGUCUAUCUUACGUGGCUAGCCUCCAGGAACAGCGUAACCGAAUGAAGCCUGGCUCGACGUCUAGCGCCACCGUCCCAUCCGAUACAUCAGGCUUGUCACGUUCGCAAAACCCAGUCCAAUUCGCGGACAGUCGUCAUGAACGGCGACCUCUGCCGGUGAGCCUGCUGCGAGGCUCUGAACUGUCUCAGUUGACAGAUUCGCCGCCGUACGGAAGCAGCCCCUCCGGCCAUGGGGUUUGCAGUGAGAUGGCCACCUCCAGCACCGCCCACAGUUCUCCAGAGUCCAUCAUUGAGCAGGAGGGGCCAUUGCCUAUUCUGGAAAACCCAAAUAGCUCAACCCAGCUGGAAUCAGUCUUCAACACUCCACCGAACCAGAGCCCACACGGAGGGGGUGAGGGCAGCGAGAAACAUCCCCCAGCGCAAAAGUUGGCAGAAGGAAAUGGCUGCGGUAUAAUGGACAGUGGACAGCUUCCGUGGUUGAACACCCCUCCCUCUGUAAGCUCCAGUGAUGCCAGUAACCCCGACUUGCCAGCGACUAAAAGGCUUCGAAUUUCACCAGCCAGCUCAGGUUCGUCCUCGGCCACUUCCGGGUCGUCUGUUCUCACUUCUGGGUCAUCAGCAUCCACGUGCCCACCUCCUCUGACAUCCGGACCUUCGGUCUCUUUCCAACAUGGAAUGGACAGCAGCAUAUCCACAGAGGGCGCCCUGCAGUGUUCCGAUCGCUCGUUGGCCAUGGGGCAACUACGCUACUACGGCGUUGGCGAAAACUUCGCCUACCAGAACAAUUCGCCCAUGAACUAUUCGUACAUGGGACAACCUCGGGCAGGACUAAACCUUCCAACUACCACUCCUUACUACUUCCAGCAAAACAACUAGGCUUAACAAAGACCACGAAAGCAACUCAGAUUUGUUUGUCUUCCAAACAUGCCGUGACAUUUCCCUGUGAUUUUUUUUUUAAAUGGGGAAUUUUACAUGACGCCAUGGGCCUCUUAUUUCUAUCAGAAUGCUGCUAGAACCCGAACAUAAUGACCUCACGUUUUUAUGCAUGCUAGAUUCUUUUUGUGGCUGUGGGGACAGCUGUUAAGUCAGUCGGACGUGGCCUUGCAGAUCCCCUUUAUUCGGUUGUUGAGUUGUGUUUGUCUCUAAAUUGUAUACAUUUUAUACUGUGACUGUGGUGAUCACAGCUAGGUUUAUUCCCUACUGAAUUAUUCAUAUGUUUAAAAAAAAGCGCCUCGCUCAGAUGAUGCACUAAGUGUACAUGCAAAUUUUCCACAUGCAUAAUAUCAUUGUGCCCGAAUAACGGCUUUUCAAGUACCCCUUUCAGAUCAAUCUGCUAAUAUUCAACGCAGAAUGACAUUUGAGCGUCCAAAUAGGUGCACCUGUCGACCACGAACUCGCAUCGUUGACAACCAUUUAUUGCCCGGCCGAUUAUAUACGGCCAUGAAUACCAUGAACAACGUCACAUCAAUGUCAGAAAGGGUUUCACCCGCAGCCGGACUUACUGCGAGACAUAUUAUCCUUCACUAGACGAAGCAGCGAUUGUGAACUCUAAUCAAAGGUGCCACUCAGGUUUUGAAACUAACCCCAUGGGCAUAAAUUGAGUAUUUUUUUUCCACGGGGAAUCGAUUGUCUUGUUAUCAUUUAACUGAAUGUAAUUAUUGUUAGUCUAAUUCGGGACAAAUGCAUUGUUCUCUGGAUAUCAAAGACAAUGCCGUACGGAAACAGAAUUCUGUUGAUGGGGAAUCCAUGAUAUAAGUCCGUGCUGUCCACGAUCUGUGUCGGAAUCAAGCAUGUGAACAGCAUGUGAACAACGACGAUUAUCUCGCGUCACUCAAUCUUAUCUCACUUUAUCGGUCACGCCGGUUGAAAGGUUCAAACGUCCUACUAAAUAAACUAGCAUAAUAUUAUUAUGCCUGUAUUUGCAGUAUUGGCAACAUGCAAUAUGGAUAGAAAGCUGCAACCCUUUCAUAGUUUGGUGCGCUUUUGAAAAAUUCGUUAAGAAUGACUCCGUUCGCUUUGACGUUUUGUGUUCAGGUUGCAGUUUAUUUUUUUGUUUUCUUUAAUUUCCUUAUUUUGAUUUGUGGGGGGGGGUUGUUUUGAAUUGGUUCAUUUUUUUUCCUACACCCUGUUUUUGCUUCUGUUAGGCCAGGUUAGAAAAACGUCGCGAAUGGGUUGAAAGAAGCCAUGCAACCCUUUUUGUAAAUAGAUAGAUAUUAUUGUAAAGUUCUUUGACUUUAGUUAAAUGUGAUGUUUUGUGAACGUUGUGCAAUGUUACUUUAUACUAAAAUGUCCUUGUCAGCCCCACGUAAAAUUUCAGCUGAAUAAAAAGUUUCUUUUUUUGUGAGAGGUCAAGGAAUAUGGAGCAUGUUAGCUAAAAAAAAAUUU